AUGGCUGAUUCGGCCUGGGCGGACAAUUCUCAGGGCAACCUGUGCGCGGAACACUUGAUCCGCGUGCACGAGGCCCUUAAAGCGAUCCGCGACUGUUCUGUUUUUGACGGGAUCGAUGCGGCAGAACCGCUCACGAUUGCUCAGGGCGGGCAUCAAGAGCCUUUCGCGAUCGGCCAAGCUGUCAAGGUCUUCCAGAGGGAUGCCACAGCCCACUACUCCUGCGGCGGGAACUUCUUUUGGUGCGAUCAAGUCUGGAUGGCAAACCAUCGGGUUCCGAUCAACAAAGGGCAGGUGCAGGAAAUCCAGCGCUUUUACCUGCCGCCCAUGGAUCCACCGAAAGAAUUCACGUAUGAAGUCGUUGCGGCUGUUUCGGCCGCCUGUGACGAAGAAUUUCACAAGAAAGGCAGCUUUCAGCGGCUGUCUCCGGCCGAGCCCUGCCAUGCUCUGUUGUUUUCCAUCCACGAGGCUAUCUCCGCAAAGGCACCUGAACCUAUUCUUCGUCGAUGGAAAGAACUGCUGCUCACCACACCGUUUCGCUUUGAGCUCGUCCCACAGGGUGAAGCAAGAUUUUGGCGUGCUCAAAACCUACGGGAGGAAAUGGUUGAGCGUGGCAUCACUGUUCGGCUUUCGGUGCGGCAGCGGAUCUACGACGUAGCAGGCUUCAAAGCCAGCAAGGAGGCUGCCCUGAAAACUACACUGGGGGCUGCCGCCGUGGCCAGUGCCUAUCAGAAGCACCUGAAAGCUUCGGCUGGCUCCGAGAUCAUCUCGGAAUCAUUCGUGGACAGCGCCAUAACCGUGCACGACAGACUGCUGAGUAUUCCAGCUUGCAGUGUUUUGCUGGAGGAGCUGGAUGCCCAGUACUUGAAGGGCAACCCACUGUCCAGCAUCUAUGCUUUCCAAGCCAUCAUUGACAAGGCACAGACCCCACAGCACAUCACUUGGGCAGUGGAAGGAAUGAUAGAUGGUUUUCGCAAAGGCUUCGUCGAGCCAGGCUUCUUCGCCGUGAGCAAGCUGCGAGACGCUCGGAACAGCUACGUGGAAAUCUUGAAGCUCAAGCUGGCCGUGAAGAACCACUUGCUCGAGGAAUGGCUCACUGGAAGCACGUUUCCGGGCAAAACCAAAGAAGACCUGCGGUCAGCUUUCAGCAGCUUCACUCACGUACGAAGCAAGUACAGCCCAUACAAAGAAGAAACUCAGCCUGAUACGGCCUGGAUCUUGGGCGCAAAAGACUCAGUUGUUCUGGCAGCAGAACUGCUGGAACAGCUAGUGUACCUUGACACUUUUGAUGGCCGGUACAGGGAUGCGCUGAAAUCGAAGCAUGAAUGCGCUGACGUGCUCGGUUAUCCCACAUCGUCGACGGGCACUGGUUCGGCUGCUUCGGCCGCAGAAGAGGCCAAACUCACGAAAGACGAACAACAACAAUGGAGGCAGUUCAUGCUCAAGACUCUUCGCAGUCAAGUUCGCUUCGUGUCCGACCACAAAGCCGCUUCCGACCUUGAACAAGCCAUCCGCGACUGCCCGUUUUCGAAACUCAAGGGGGACCCGACGGGUCUGGUGCUGUUACACUUCGAUGUGAAAAAGUUCGGUGAGUCUGCGACCAGGCCAGACCUUCGUCUACCGCCCCUUCGGGAUGGACCGUACACACGCCUCGUCCGUGCCGUCAUGACGGCCAGGCAGAGCGAAGGCUCAGCAGCGGCUUUGCAGCCAGGCGAAGUCGCAGUGUUGCUGGACGGCUUCAAGAAGGGCGCCAAGCAAAAGCUUAUCAACCCUUGGAAAGACGGCACCCGCAAAGAAGCCAAGGCGAAAGGGUCUACUAAAGAAGACGAGGAUGAAGAUGAUGGCGACGGGGAUGACGACGACUGCGAGGAGGAGGAAGACGCACGGCCGAACCUGGUCUGUGACUUGCUGCAGAUUGGCUACACCGAAGCGAGCCUAAACGCCCGACGCCAAAAAAAACGAGGCACAUGCACGAUCAAACAGAUUGAGUGGGCGCACGGAGCGCAAGCAUUACGGGCCGGGGUCAAGCACAGGCGACCUCAUCUCAGGAGUGGACCUGCCGAAACUGUCCACUGA